AGAAGAAAUAAAAAUGACUGACAUCUAAAAUGUGUGAUGACUGUAAUUGCAUUAUUGUUCAAAUUUAUUCAUCUAUUCAUCAAAGCAACAUUAAUAAAAAAAAGUACAUACAAUGUACAGGUUAACAAUGACAUUGAAACAACUAAAAAUAUACAGAGUGUUCUAUUUUAAACAAAGUAAUUUGUGUACACCGUAAAAAUGGGACAGCCUCUACAUUCAAAAACAACUUCUAUAGAUGCGCAACAAUCAAUGCUUGACAUUUGCAUAAAAUGUUUUUUAGAGUUUUUUGCUCAAGGUGAAAAAUCGAUGUUGGCUGCACAUUGUCGUCCGUCCGUCUAUCCGUUCGUCUGCUACACGUACUACUUCUACACGACUGAACCGAUAUGGCCCAUUUGAAAGGGCUUGGUGUAAGGACCCCGCGCCUACAGAUAUUUUUGGCACGAUUACCCUGGGUAUUUUUUAGUCAAAAAUUUGGGUUAUCGCAUUUACAAUGCUAACUUUUUUAUUUAUGAAAAUAUUUAAAUGAAACUGUAUAUUUAAGCACUACAAAUAUAAGUAAAACUAGCGAACUACAUGUUGUAUAAGAGCUUACUUUAGUAAAGUACGUUUUCAAGAGUUUUCACCAUAUGAUAGCUGAUACGAGUAUUAACCAGGCAAGGAACUAAGUUUCGUACCGCCUAUGGUGGCCGAAAAACCACCAGUUAGCGACAUUUUCAACGAUAUUACCAUUGGAUUCUGAGUGACAACUAUAUAAAUUGAUCGCUAUAAUUAUUGCCAAGCAUAAUUUGCACGAGAUACUGGCAUCACUAUCUUUAAUCUCCAAGCUCUGCACUGAUAACAUCAGAUUCCCUUAAAUACUUUCCCAGUCGAUAUCGCGCAAAAAUGUGAUAAUUGCAAUCAAAGGCCACUAUUCAUUUGCGAUAAGCCAUAUCGAAACUUCUCACAUUUUAUAAUUACACCUUGUAAUUGUUAUACGUAAGUAGUCAAAGGAAAUUUAAAUAGUGAAUAGAAAAAGCAAAACCCAACUUUAGGUAGUGUCCUGUAAUAUGGAUUUGGGUCUUUAUAAAACAGUUCAACCAAAUCCAAGAGAAGAUGCGAGCAUUUUUUCAAUUGCGACUAUGUGGUAUACAAUACCAACAUUCCUCAAGGGACGCAAGAGAGACCUGGAAGUAUCCGACUUGCAUCAAACUUACUCAAAGCAUAAAUCAAAGCUACUUGGUGAUAAAAUCGAAGCAAUAUGGUUAAAGGAGCAAGCAUACGCCUUAAAGUCGAAGAAACAACCCUCCCUCAAGCGAGUGCUAAUCAAAAUGUUUGGGUUUGACUUUGUGCUCCUUUUUAUAUUUUGCCUUGUGAUGGAAUUUGCGGGCAGAACACUACAACCCUUACUGCUGGGACAAUUGGUUGAUUACUAUAAGCCCGGGCAAACCUCCAUGACAAAAACCGAAGCCUAUGGAUUUGCUGGCGGAGUCGUAGCAUGUUCACUGCUGCAAGUCUUGAUAACUACGCCGUACAUGACGGCGCUUUUCCAUAUCGGGAUGAAAAUGAGGGUCGCCUGUUGCUCGCUGCUUUAUCGAAAAGCGUUAAAAUUGAGCCAAUCCGCUCUUGGGGAGACUACUAUUGGCCAAAUGGUAAACUUAUUGUCGAAUGACGUUAACAGAUUUGAUACUUCAAUCAUCUUCGCCCAAUACCUGGUAGUGGCCCCACUACAAGUUAUAGUAGCAACUUACUUUAUGUACCAAGAGGUUGGCAUUUCGGCUGUAAUAGGUGUCGUCGUUUUGUUGCUGUUUGUACCUUUACAGUAUUGUUUAGCGAGACUUAUUGCAAAAUUUAGGUACAAAACUGCCUAUAAGACCGAUGAAAGGGUACGUUUAAUGAAUGAGGUCGUUUCUGGUAUACAGGUCAUUAAAAUGUACACAUGGGAGAAACCAUUUGCCAAAUUCGUCGCGCUGGCUCGCAGGGCGGAAAUCAAAUUUAUACGAGGAGUUUCCUUUCUGCGUGGUAUCAUUAUGUCGUUCUUCAUAUUUUCGAGCCAAGUAUGUCUCUUCGUUACAAUUUUGGCUUACAUAUACUUUGGGGAACAAAUAACAGCAAAGAAGGUUUUCGUGCUCACCGCCUUUUAUAACGUCAUACGUUUAAAUAUGUGUAACCUUUUCGCGCAAGCUGUGGCCCAAGUGUCCGAGGCUAAAGUCUCAAUUAAACGUCUCAAUGAGUUUUUGGUACGUGACGAAAAACCACCAACGCCUUUACAUGUAAGCAAAAAAGCCAAACAGAACGGAAACGCGAACGAAUUUUCAACUGAGGAUGAAUCCAAUUAUGCAAUCGAGGUGUGUAACGGUGAAGCGAAAUGGAACGAUUCAUACAGCGAAAGUACGUUUGAAAAUCUCAACAUCAAAAUAAAACCAGGUUCUGUUGUUGCUGUAAUUGGACCAGUUGGAAGUGGUAAAAGCAGCUUACUGCAGUUGAUCUUAAAGGAGCUGCCUUUAAGGAAAGGGAGCCUAAAGGUGGACGGAAGAGUUAGUUAUGCAUCUCAAGAGCCUUGGAUUUUCACGGGAAGCGUCCGUCAAAAUAUACUGUUCAACAAAACUUACCAUAAAUUUCGUUACAAGCAUGUCGUGAAUAAGUGCUCUCUAAUACGCGACUUUACACUUCUUGCAAACGGCGACAAAACGGUAGUAGGUGACCGGGGGGUGUCUCUAAGCGGUGGACAACGUGCGAGAAUAAAUCUGGCUCGAGCUAUUUAUGAAGAGGCAGACAUUUACUUGUUAGACGAUCCACUUUCAGCGGUCGACACGCAUGUUGGAAAAGACUUAUUCGAUAAAUGCAUCAAUGGAUACUUGAAAGGGAAGACCGUGCUUCUCGUAACCCAUCAAUUGCAAUUUCUGAAAGAUGUCGAUAGUAUAAUUAUUCUCGAAAAUGGAACCGUGAAGGCACAAGGAACUUUUGACGAACUGCAAGAGUCCGGUUUAGAUUUUGCCAAGCUACUAAAACGUGAUGAUGAGAAAGAAGAGGAAACAGAAGAACUGGCACGUCCGGCUUUUAUAAAUAGAUCAAAUUCAAUCAUGAGCGUCAUAUCGACCGAAAACCAAGAUUUCGCAACACGCACCGAAGAAAUUACUAAAGGAACAGUUUCUUUGGAUAUUUACAAAUCUUACAUCAGUGCUGGUGCAAACUGGUUCUUUAUUAUAUGCGUUAUUGGUUUAUUCCUAGCUACACAACUGUCGUCCAGCUUCGGAGACGUUUUCAUAUCAAAAUGGGUAACGGCGGAAGAAGGUCGUUUAACUAAUGCCACGACUUCGCAGACACGCGAGCCUGACGACUUCUGGAGCUUUUCCACCGAAACCUAUGUAUACACCUAUAGUGGUAUAACGGUUGCGACAGUCGUUUUAACACUGACACGUUCUAUGUCUUACUUUACCGCCUGUAUGAGAUCUUCGGUUAAUUUACACGAUAACAUGUUCAAUAGUAUUAUUAGGGGGACAAUGAGGUUCUUCAAUACAAACCCUUCUGGACGGAUUCUCAAUCGUUUCGCAAAGGAUAUGGGCGCUAUUGACGAAUUACUACCAACUGCGAUGCUUGAUUAUGUUCAGCUUUCCCUAAUGGUGUUGGGAAUUAUUGGUAUUAUCUCGUCGGUUAAUCCUUGGCUUUUGAUACCCACUGUAGUAAUAGGGGUCAUAUUUUACUUUAUUAGGAAGUUAUAUUUGACCAUAAGUAGAAGUGUAAAACGCUUAGAAGGUAUCACUAGAAGUCCGGUUUUUGGUCACCUGAAUGCUACACUUCAAGGACUAACAACCAUCCGUUCCAUUAGGGCAGAAUCUACUUUGAUUGAGGAAUUCGAUAACCUUCAAGACUUACACAGUGUGGCAUGGUUUCUCUUUAUAUCGACAUCUCGAGCCUUCGCUUACUGGUUGGACCUGAUCUGUGUGAUUUACAUCUGUUUAGUAACGUUCAGCUUUCUGAUUAUGGACGACUCCAUUUCCGGAGGAAACGUCGGUUUGGCGAUCACUCAAUCUUUGGGAUUAGUGGGAAUUUUUCAAUGGACCAUUAGACAAUCGGCCGAAAUGGAAAACCAAAUGACAGCAGUAGAGCGAGUGUUAGAAUACAACAAAAUAGAGCACGAGAGAACGGUUAAAAGUGAGAAGCUGCCGGAGUCCUGGCCCGAAAAAGGCGAAGUGAAAUUUGUCGACGUAUAUUUGAAUUACUUCCUCGAGGACCCACCGGUGCUUAAACACUUAUCCUUCCAUAUCAAACCCUUGGAAAAGGUUGGGAUAGUUGGUAGGACUGGAGCGGGAAAGUCUUCACUUAUUAACGCCCUGUUUCAACUUACUAAUACCGAAGGACAGAUUUUGAUUGACGGUAUUGACAUAGGAAAAAUGAAACUGCACGAUUUAAGGGCAAAAAUAUCGAUUAUCCCUCAGGAACCCGUGCUCUUUUCGGGUAAUAUGAGAAAAAAUUUGGACCCAUUUGACGAGUACUCGGAUGAGGCCUUAUGGAAGGCGCUGGAAGAUGUGGAACUGAAGAGUGCGAUUGCAGAGCUUAAUUUAGGUUUAAAUUCCGUUGUGACCGAAGGUGGUUCCAAUUACAGCGUAGGUCAGCGGCAGCUAAUCUGCUUAGCAAGAGCCAUUUUGAGAAAUAACAAGGUGCUGAUAUUAGACGAAGCAACCGCAAAUGUUGAUCCUCAAACCGACGCACUUAUACAGAAAACGAUAAGAAAGCAAUUUUCCCAAUGUACUGUACUUACAAUAGCUCAUCGAUUAAACACCGUCAUGGAUUCUGAUAAGAUUCUAGUGAUGGAUGCCGGAACUGCGGUUCAAUUUGAUCACCCCUACACACUGUUGCAGAAUGAAAAGGGGAUAUUUUACGGUAUGGUUUUGCAAACUGGACCGGCAAUGACGGAAACUCUAACCAAAGUGGCCAAAGAGAGUUAUGAAAGGACUUUAACCAACGAAUCAAAUUAAUUGCAAGGUAACGAAGACUGUUUUUAGUGUAGUGUCGGAUAAUCGCAAAUACCUGUGUUAAGUCGUAUGUCUAAGUUAUUACAUAUAGCUAUGUCUUUUU